AUGGCAAACAAGAGCGCACCCAUACUUAAAAACACAAAAAUUAGUCCAGAUGCUGAAGACGGCGAUGGUGAUGAAGAAAUUAUUAUUCCUUCGGUUCCAUCAAGAUUUGCUAUGCUAAUUUCUGAUGAAGAAAAUGAAGAUGCAGAUACUGAUAAUGACGAAGAUACAACAACAACAAUAUCAAGUUCUUCAAAAAAGAAAUCAAAUAAAAAGAAAGUCCAGUCAUCAAAAACCAAAAAAGAAGAUGAUGAAAUUGAUUUAUUAUUAGCUGCUAUUGAAUCAACAAGUGUUUCAACAAAAAAAAGUGAUAAUAAAACAAAUGAUGAUGAAGGACAAGAUCUAGAAGAUAUUUUAAAAGAAAUUAACGAGAAAUUUGAUGAAAAAGAAGCCAAAAAAGACAAGAAAAAGAAAGCUAAAGGUGGUGUUGACGCUAAAACUUUAAGUUUAAUGAAAGAAUUUCAAAAGAAACGAGAAGAAGCCAUAUUAAAAGCUGUACAAGAUGAAGAAGAAGAAAUGCGUUUAGAAGAAGCAUUUCAAAAACAACGUGAAGAAAAAGAACGCGCAGAAAAAGAAAAGCGUGAUAAAAAGAAACAAAAAGAAAAAGAACGUAUACAAACGAAAAAAAAAGAAGGUACUUAUUUAACUAAAGAACAACGAGAAAAACUUGAACGUGCACGUAUUCAACUUCAAGCAGCAGGCAUUCAAGUACCAGAACGAAAUACAGUAGACAAUGGAGAACGACCGGUUAAAAAACGUAUUCUAUAUGACGACCGAAGAAAAAAAACACCAGGAAAUGAUACUGAAACAGAGAAACAAUUAGGUGCUAAAGAAGAAAGUUUGAAAAAUAAUGGGGAACAAGAAUCUCAAUCGUCCGGUGACGAAUCUUCUUCAGAAGAAAGUGAUCAAUCAGAUUCAUCAAGUGAAGACGAUGAUAAAAAUCAACUAACACCUCAUGAACGUGUACGAAAUCGUUUACAAAGACGACAUGAAAAUUGUGAAAGUCGUCGUUCUUUAGAAGUUCUUCGAGCACCUGUUAUCUGUGUUUUGGGUCAUGUUGAUACUGGUAAAACAAAAAUUCUGGAUAAUUUACGUCGAACACAUGUACAAGAUGGUGAAGCCGGUGGUAUCACACAACAAAUCGGUGCAACAAAUGUUCCACUAGAAACGAUUCGUGAAAGAACAAAAAUGUGUAGAAAAUUAAUAUCCCAUGAAGGUGAAUUUAUUAUUCCAGGUCUUUUAAUUAUUGAUACCCCAGGUCAUGAAUCGUUCAGAAAUUUACGAACACGUGGUUCAUCUCUUUGUGAUUUAGCUAUUCUUGUUGUUGAUUUAAUGCAUGGCUUAGAACCACAAACACUUGAAUCAAUUAAAUUAUUAACUGAAGGAGAAACACCAUUUAUUAUAGCUUUAAAUAAGAUCGAUCGAUUAUAUGAAUGGAAAGGUGAUAAUGAAAAAAAUGUGGAACUUGUUAUACAAGAACAAGGACCAAAUAUACAAAAUGAAUUUGAUAAACGUUGUAAUGAUGUUAUUGUUCAAUUUGCUGAACAAGGUCUUAAUGUUGCACUUUAUUAUAAGAAUCCUGAUCCAAAUGAAUACUAUUCUAUGGUACCAACAUCCGCACAUACUGGCGAUGGAAUGGGUUCAUUAAUUGCAAUGAUUAUUGAAAAAUGUCAAACAACAUUAGCAAAAUGUUUAUCAUAUACUGAUGAAUUACAAGUAACUGUUAUGGAAGUUAAAACAAUUGGUGGUCUUGGUACAACAAUUGAUGUUAUUCUUGCUAAUGGACAUUUACACGUUGGUGAUACAAUUAUUGUUGCUGGUCAAGAAGGACCAAUUGUAACGCAAGUUCGUGGCCUUCUUAUGCCAGAAUCAAAUAGAGAAUCACGUGUUCGCAAUCAAUAUCAAAAUUAUAAAACAAUCAAAGCUGCUCGUGGUAUAAAGAUUGCUGCUAAAAAUUUAGAAAAAUCUAUGGCUGGUUUACCAUUAUUUGUUGGUCGAAAAGAAGAUGAAGUUGAUUAUUUUAAAAAUGAAAUUCAAAAUAUUCUUAAAACAGCUCUUAGUUCAAUCAAACUACAAGAAACUGGUGUUUAUGUUCAAGCAUCAACAUUAGGUUCAUUAGAAGCCUUACUUGAAUUCUUAGAAACAUCAAAUAUUCCAUAUGCUGGAAUUAAUAUUGGAACUGUUCAUCGAAAAGAUAUUGUUCGUGCAUCAGCUCAACUUGACAGAAAACCACAAUGGGCAGUUGUCUUAGCAUUUGAUGUGAGAAUUGAAAGAGACGCUCAAGACUAUGCAGAUAGUGUUGGUGUUAAAAUCUUCCAAGCUGAUAUCAUGUAUCAUUUAUUUGAUAUGUUUUUGAUACAUCGUGAACGUUUUAAAAAAGAAGAUGAAGAAAAAUCUCGACAUCUAGCCGUAUUUCCAUGUAAAUUAAGAGUGUUACCUGAAUUUAUAUUUAAUAAACGUGGUAAAAUUAUAUGUGGUGUUAUUGUUGAAGAUGGUUUUGUUAAAUUAGGUACACCAAUAUGUGUUCCAUCAAAAGAAUUUAUUGAACUUGGUCGAGUUGUUAGUAUUGAAUUAAAUCAUAAACCAUUGGAUAUAGCAAGAAAAAAUUCUGAAGUUUCCAUCACAAUUGAACCAGUUGGUAAUGAAGCACCAAAAAUAUUUGGACGAGAUUUUGAUGAAACUGAUCUAUUGAUAAGCAAAAUUUCUCAAGAAUCUUUUGAUGUUGUUAAAGAUCAUUUUCGUGGUGAUAUGCAAAAAUCUGAUUGGCAAUUAAUGAUUGAAUUAAAAGAGAUAUUUAACAUUUUUUAA